UGCGACUGAGAACAGAUGCACUUCACUUCUGCGACAGGAAGGAAGCACAUGGUGCAGACAGCGCAGGCCCAGGUAUCCUGCAAGUUGGCUCAGUUAUGUCAAGCUUCAAAGGCAAUGCCCUCAGAGGCACUUUCUUCCUGGUCUUUGGGCUCGGGUGGUCUGUGAAAUAUCCACAGAAAUAUCUGAGCCGGACACUGAAUGCAGACAAUCAGGCAAGCCGCUGGAUCCAGAAACUGGAUGUCCUUGAAGGGGCAGCCAAAGCUUUCUUUGCGCUAGCAGGGAUGCUGGCUGAGCAGUUCGUCCCUGACAGUCCCCACAUCGGUCUCUACAGUGAAGAGACCCACAGCUGGGAGAAGCUGACUAACUGGCAGUACAUGACCAUGUACCUCUUCUAUGGCCUCUCAGGCAUUGUGGAUGUUCUUGCCUGUUCCCCAUUCAAGCUGACUCUGGGACUGGAUCGCCUCUUGCUGUCUGUGGCUAUGUUUACUGAAGGUUUCCUGUUCUGUUUCCAUGACUACAACAACAACGCUCUGGGUCAGCACCUCCAUACCUUGCUGCUCAUCGCUAUAUUUGGUGGAGCCCUUUGCGCCCUGAUGGAAGCGUUCCUGCGAGAUAACACCAUCCUGGAAUUCUUCAGGACCAGUUUCUUCAUUCUCCAAGGAUCCUGGCUCUGGCAGAUUGGAUUUGUGCUGUCCCCACCAUGGGGAGGGCCAGGCUGGGACCAGAGUGACCGUGGAAACUUCAUGUUCCUCACCAUGUGCUUCUUCUGGCACUAUGCAGCUGCUCUCCUGGUCACAGCAGCCAACUCUGUUUUCUCUCACUGGUACAGAAAGGCAUGCCAGGCAAACUUUAGAAAUAUCGAUGUCGAACUUGACUGUGGAUUUUGUUUACGAAAAACCAACCAGAGCUUGGACCCUGUCCUUCUCCCAGAGCAUGGGUUGGAUGAAAAGUGAGGAUGUGGCUUCUGCUUCUUUUCCAGAGGGUUGUCCCUUGUUUAAAGCUCUUAAGAUGAGUUUUUAUUUGCCAUUUUAAAUAAGAUUGAAACUUUAUAAUGAAGUAUUUAUCAUGAGAGGAAAGUGCCCAUAAUAUCCUAUUAUGCCAUUUGGACAGAACCAAGAUGUAAGAACUUUGUUCCCCCUCCCAUCACUGCAGAUUCUCUUAUACCCAAUAGAGCUGAAAAAAGGACUGAAUUUUUUCCCGUGUACGGGUAUGUCUACACUACAGCACCAAUGCGAACUAACUUAAUUCGAAUUAGUUAAUUCGAACUAAGCU